AUGGAGCCAAACGGCGGUACAGGCAUUGAGGCAGAUGCCGCGCCUGCACCCGUCGCAGUCUUCAAGCGCCGUGGCGCAAAAGGCAAAGCCAACAUUCGCAAGCGGCCAGCAACACCACCUGCGAACAGCGACUCCGACCCCGACUACUCCUCAUCGGAAGACGAGGCCGGUCACCGCAUCAAGCGUCGAAAGAAGAAUACAGGCACAGUCACAGCCUCGUCCAAAGCCAACGCCACCUCGAACGAGGAUAUCGCCGCGCCAAUCUUCUCAGCCGAUCGCAACGCGCAAAUCACCAGCGCCAACGACGCCACCAAGUCAAGCAACUGGUUCGAUGAAGACGCAAAGGGUGCCGUGUCCUCGAAGAAUCUUCUGGGCAGCACGCGGGCGGCACCUGACGGCACAUACAAGGGCCUGGCCAACAAGACAUCCUUCGUCCAGAGAAACCUCGAUGCGCCCAGUCGCACAGUCGGACCUAUCAAAGCACCCACCAACAUCAGAACCAUUACGGUGAUUGACUACACACCGGAUACAUGUAAAGAUUACAAACAGACAGGCUUCUGCGGAUUUGGCGACAACUGCAAGUUCCUCCAUGCCCGUGAGGACUACAAGCAGGGAUGGCAGCUGGAUAAGGAGUGGGAGGAUGUUGCCAAAGGCAAGAAGAAUUUAGGUGGAACCGUCGUCGCGGAAGCGAAUCGAAGUAAGGUGGCAGACGACGAUGAGGAGGAGGAAGACGCCAUGCUAGAGAACAUCCCGUUCGCCUGCAUCAUCUGCAGAGAACCAUACAAGUCACCAGUGGUAACGAGAUGUGGUCAUUACUUCUGCGAGCCUUGCGCGCUCAAAAGAUACAGGAAAGAUCCAACAUGCGCGGCAUGUGGAAGCGGGACUAGCGGCGUCUUCAAUUCAGCGUCGAGGCUCAAGAAGUUGCUCGACAGGAAGAGGGCGAGAGCUGCGAAGAAACGGCAGGACGCAAUAGACGCUGGAGAGGAGGUCAGCGAUGAGGAGGAGGAAUGA